AUGAGAAGUCGCGACAGACAUGGUGAUAGUACAAGUAUGUCUGAGCAGGAUGAUGGAACAAGGACGACGGAGGCACACCCAAAUAAAAUUUAUAUCAUGCCUAAAUCAGUGAUCAAGAAAUUGUUACGUAUGAAAGUCCUUUCUCCUCUAUGCGACUAUUCUAGAGCAGAAGAUGGGAAGAUUGGAAUUGAUGGCAAGGAACACCCCUACCUCAUUUCAUUGAGGUGGGAAACGAUGUCAAACGAUCUUACUGGUCUCGCACCAGGAGAGUACGUCCCAUCACUCACGGUCGCAGAUUACGCCUUCACCGAUACCUUGCUCAAGGGCGUUAAGCAGCAACAAAAAACGAGAUUUAUUAAGAACUUCGGAGUCACUGAGGAAGAUCUGCCAUCGGGUGAUCAUGAUGUUUUCGGGACUGGAAUAUCUGGCAGCAGCAUCAUCGGACUUUUCUUUCAAAUCAAGGGAACAAUAUCUGGAGUAAACCCCAAGGGAAUUCUUGAUAACAUGGCCAUAGCAACAAAACAACUAGAAAAAGACCUCAACAUUUUCCGUACGAUGUGUGGUGAAUUCCUGAAUCCCAUCGUGAAGUUAGCGGGAUUUGUAGCUUUCCCCAUGCUCUCCAGAUCAGAUAUCCAAAAACGUAUCAAGUGCAUUAAUUGUAGAACACGAAUCCUCGUCUUUGAAGAUCUUGCUAAACCGAGAAGUUUUAGGAGAUUUUUAGCGAGACAAGGGAUUGUGUUGGAGAAGUAUUAUCCUGAUCCUGAAUCCCAUAUCAUGAAAACAUUCAAGAAUAUAUUCGACCUGUACGUUUGUGCUGCAUCAGCUGUGGACCUACCACGUAAUCUGCAUCAACUGUUCAACAAGAGCGAAGAACAAAUGGAGAAGAUGCUGGUGCUUCUCACUCCUCAACAGAGAAAAUUGGUGAUGACUAAAUCGAAGUUUAUAUUCCUCUCUGGAGGAAGUGGAACUGGGAAGACCUUUGUCCUGAAGAAACGAGCAUUGGAAUUGGCGGCGGAAGGUGAAGUCUUGGUCAUCAAUAUAGCCGGAGGACUCUUGACUGAGGAAUUUCGACACGACUUCGAAGGCAUCCAUAAGAAACUUCUUGCCCACAUACAGCAAAACGAAGCUUCAUCAGGCUUGACCUUGCAAGCGAAGAGUUUGCAGACUUCAUCAAUGCCUGCAGCUAUUGUCUGGGGUUCGAAGAUUGUUUACUUGAACCAUAAGUGCUCUGGCCGACAUUGGGGGUAUCUCUGCAAUGAGGAGGAAAGAUGUGAAAGUAUUGAACCUGUUCUGCCCUUCCUUCUUUUGUUCGCCCUAUCAAGAGCAGGGGGAUGUGAUAUAACAGAGAUGGAGCCCAAUGCAACGGAAGGCGAUGUGAUUUACGUCCUAUUUUCGGACGACGAUCUAUUAGCUUCCUUACAGAGUCAAGUUUACAAACGACUGGGAGAAAACCUUCGAACAAAAUUCUUGCACUGCAGAGAUUUUUGGGGGUGUGAGGCUUCCUCUGUCAUCUCCGUGAAUGUUGAUGACAGUUUCCUGCUCGAAGUAUUGUCACGCGGCCGUAUUCAGCUCACUUUAGUGGACACCACCCCAAAUCAUAAAGAUUUGUGGACAGCAAUGGCCGACGAAGGACGCACGGAUGAUUGUCCCGUGAUAUUCCCCGAAUGGCCCAAAGACCACGUGAUGGACCUGCAGACUCUUCUUCGAAUGGAGGGUCAAGUGCAUUUCCUACAGGAAGGUUUCAAGGUUGAAGCAGAAUGUAAGGAGUGCGUGAAGUCUUCGUAUUUAGCACGACUCCAAAGUUAUGAAAGGAGAGGAAACUUGGAUAUUCGAAAACACCUAAACAUAUACUCUGGGAAUCGAGCAAAAUCACUUGACAAAACUCCGUGGAAGGAUGCAGCUGACAAAUAUCUGGCAGAACAUUAUCCUGAAGCUUACACAAAGGCAUAUUCGCUACCCGAGGGCUAUAUCUUGAGUAAGCAAGCAUUCAAUGAAUCUCGCUCGAGAGCUCAGAAGGGUAAAGAUGUGGGCAUAUCUGGUAGGGUGGCCACCGCCUUGGUGUUCACCAGAUUGAAAGAUGCUCUUAAGGAAGUGCCAUCUCUCACGCUUGCGGGGUAUCUCUUUGUAGACACAUUCCUGAAAGGUAUCAAGCAAGAACAAAAGGAUAAAUUCGUAAAGGAGCACGGACUCUCACAAGAAGAUCUGACACCUGGAUGUCACGAUGUAUUUGGCACUGUCAUAUCUGGCGAUGAGGUCCUGGUCCUUUUCUUUCAAAUAAGAGUGGCAACAAACUCCAAAACUGUCAACGGUCCGCUUGCUAGAAUGGCGAAACAACUCCGAAGAGAUUUCAGCAUUUUUCAGACAAUGUGUGGCGAAUUCCUAAGUACAAACGUGAAGUUAGCAGGCUUCAUGGCAUUUCCAACGUUGUCUGAAUUUGAUUUAAGGAAAUACAUCAAGUGCAGGGAAUGCAGGGCUCGGAUUCUCACCUCAACAGAUUUGAGUUCUAUGAGAAGUUUCCGCAGGUUUUUGAGGAGACAUGGGAUCCUGCUUAAAAAGUCCUGGGAUCCCAAGUCCCCAACUAUGGAAAGUUUCAAAAACAUAUUUGACUUCUACGUUUGUGCGGCAUCAUCGCUUAACCUCCCUCGCAGUCCCGUACAGUUGAUCACCCAGAGUAAGCAACAGAUGCGGCGGAUGCAAGAAUCCCUAACACCCCAAGAGACAGAGUUGGUGAUGAGUCAAUCAGAAUUCAUUUUCAUGUACGGCGGCUGCGGUACGGGAAAAACGUUCUUGCUCAAGAAAAGAGCUUUGGAGUUAGCGAAGAGCGAUGAAGUCUUGGUCAUCAAUUUCUCUGGAGGACAACUGACGAGGGAAUUUCGAUGUGAAUUCGAAGGUAGUCACAUCGUCGUGUUAGAUGGGAAGGAGAAGGACAUCCCAGAAGACUUCAAUGGGUUGUGUCACUUCCUACAGGCGGAAGGGAUGGGGAAACACGUACUGCUUGACGAAGUUCCCAUAACGUUUGGCAUUCGAGGUUGCUUGAAUGUGACGAGAUUAUCUCAACAUUGGGAGAGAAUUUGCUGUCUAAGGGGUCACAUCAAGAGUCUCACCCUAGCAUUUUGUACCUUUCAUUCCACCUACACCAGGGACAUCGAUCUGCAAUGUCUCCAGGUUCCAGGAGUCUGCAUGGUGAUGCUAGAUGCAAUGAAAAAAAAGACACGAUAUGUGACAGAUUUGAUAUUCGCUCUUGAUGACUACUCCCGCAAGAAAUUCUUCUGCUUUGAACCUAGCAUAAUACACACAGAUUUCGGCCACUCCAAGGAUGAGCUGCUGCCAACAUCGUGUACAAUUCCCCCUUGCCACAUUCUCCACGACAUAUGCUGGUCACAGUCCAUCUGUGAGAUUGUAAGAUCCUCUUAUGUCAUAGUUAAACUUUUGCAAAAGCAUUCCAUCAAACUGGAAAAGGUCCCCUUUCUUGUUGUGGACAGCAUGGAACGUCGGAAUUAUCUUGUAAAUAUUUUCCCAUGCAUACAUGACAUUAGCGUCGUUUUCUUUGACGAGAAUGGAACAGCCUGGGUAAAGGCAUGCACUAGUUCCGGUUUUGCCAUAGUGAUUGUCACUGAUGACCAAUUCCUAGGAUAUCAUCCGGACAACGUCAUCAUUAUCCUAGACCUGCCGCAAUGCAAGUGGAGAAAUUACACUCGCAUUAUAUCAUCAUGCCAUGACAAUAUUACCAUCGUCAUGGAACGUGAAAGUCUUCAUAUGGGAAAGUAUUCUUUCUUGAAACUGAAUCAUGAGGAUAUAGAAGAAAACGAGGAAAUCAAGGGAAAAUUGGAAAUAGCGCAGCAAAUACCUCAGGUGGAGAUAGCACAUGUGGACGAGAAGACGUGCCGACUGAUCCAGUUUCCCCUCACUCUUGAUGGCAAGGGUCUCCCGCUUGCCAGCAGUCCACCACGAUGCACUGUUAUCUUUGGACCGCCUUCUUCAGGGAAAAGAACCAUUCUUAGUUACAAGGUCGCUCUGAGUUAUCUUGACACGUGCCCUGAAUUUUCGAAAGUGGUUCGAUCAGAUGUUUCUUCUCCGCAAGGAAUAUUUGCAAAUGGUUGGGUAAAGAGACUCAAGGAGGAGUAUCCAAAUUCAACUAUCCAUGUUCAUGUAGACGAUUAUUCUAUUCAGGCCUCUGACACAGAGGAAGAGAUUCGGAUGUGGAGGAGGGCCUUAGAAGACUUCCAGAAUGGGGAUCAGAACAUGACUGUGACAAUUGUAUUUCAAUCCCAUGCGAGAAAUGGUCUAUGCAUAGAUAUAGACGAGCUGAGAUCCUUUCUUCAGUCCCAUUCUUGGGUGAACGUCGUCACACUCCCCAUAUCAACGUGGACUGUUCCCUCCUACACGAGCCCACAGCUUCUCACUCACAUUUCCACAAAUGAAGCCAAACUUCCCUCGAGACGAGAACGAAGAAGUCUCAACACAGCCUCCAUCCCAUCUGCCCUCGUAUUUGGACCAAAGCCCAAAUACUUCAAAUACAAAUGUACCGGCCGACAUUUGAAUUUUUCAUGCAAAGGUCAGAUGUAUUGUGAACUACUUCUGGGUGUGCUCGUCUGCUUCCGUUCCAUCCUAAACCAAGAAAUGGACCAAGAUCCCAUGCACGUGCUUGUGUCAGACGAGACACUCAUGGUAACUCUGCAGAAUUGUGCCCAAAAUGAAUCUAGGGAGAUCAUUUUUCUUCACCCAAGGGAAUUCAGAGGUAGCACUGCUGACAGCAUCGUCAUUGCGAAUGUAGAUGACAUGUGGAUGAUGGAAAGCGUCUCCAGAAGCGCAAUAUAUCUUGCCAUCAUUGAUACUUCGCCAGGUCAUAAUCAGAUUUGGGAUACUUUGGAAGAAGAAGGAUUGUUAGAUGUCUUGGAAAUCACAACUGAUCGCAUGCAAAUAGACCAAGAAACCAUCUUCAUGCUGAAUGAAAAGGACGAAUUCCUUAAGGAUACAUCUUGUGAAUCACCACAACGAAUAAGCAACGAGUUCAAUGCCUCAGGAAUGAUGUGCUGA